CAACUUCUUCUCAGUCUCCUACUUGCCAGUUCACACCCUUCUCCUGUUUAUACCCUAUCGAGGCAUCUAUCAUCGCUCCUUAACUCACUACACCAGGAAGAAAAUGGCCGAUACGAACCAGGGAAGUCCUAAUGGCUCUCCAACUACGCACCCUCCUUAUUGGCUCAGUCAUGGCCAUGGCCGUGUUCUUUAUCCUCUUUUCGCCAUCCUCAACGUUGUUCUUAUCCUCUUCUUGUACUGCUACAUCUCGCGGAAACUGUGCAAAAAGUCUCAGCAAUUGAAUGAGACCAACACGACCGCUGCUUCUUCCGCCAGCACCUCUCCCUCGUCCUCCCUGCGCCACGCCAGGCUCAAACCAGACGUGUUUCCGUCACUACCCGUCUUCGUGUACUCCAUGGCGAACGAGGGCAAACUGGAGUGCAGCGUGUGCUUAACGGAGUUCAAGGAAGGCGAUAAGGGGCGGCUCCUUCCGAGAUGCAGCCACAGAUUCCAUGCCGACUGUGUCGACAUGUGGUUUCAGUCCCAUUCCACCUGCCCCAUUUGCCGGUCCGCCAUUGAACCUAAAGCUCCGGGAUCAGAUGAGGCAGUAUGAAUUCCACUUUGCUUUUCUUCUAUGUGUGCUUUUGUGGUUGCAGAAACAAUCUAGUGAUUGCUAACCUUAAUUCUAGCUUACAGUUUACAUGCAUUGGGCCUGUCAUCGUAGAUGGUAUAUAUGUGUGGCUUGUUAAAUAAACCUCAUUGUUACUGGCAUGUACAUAUGUAAACUUUCUCUGUC